AUGCAACCAGACGCCCCUUCCCAACCUCUGUCUCUAAAGACGAAACAAGACCGAACAAACUAUACUCCACAAGCGACUUAUGAAUGGUGCAGCAUGAGAUCCUCGAACCCUAAAUCUCGUGUUAAUCCCUGUGCGGAUAAAAAGCGGGGAUGCGGUAAGCGUCUUCCUAGUAAAUAUAAAGUUAAACGAUUCUCAACCAAGCGAAGAACAUUAAAAAGUAAUGAAAAUAGUAAGCUGCCAACCUAUUUUGAUUAA